AUCCUGCAACGCAUCGCGCGUAUAUGGGGAUAAUUUUUUGUCUAAUUCCUCAAUUUAGUCGUGAAAUCGAGGUACUGUACAUGAAUAUUUUGUCAUGAAUUGUAAUUUCGCCAAGAGUCGUGGUCUUCCCAGGGUUUUUAGGGUUUCAUCCCGAUCCCAAUGCUCUCAACACUUUCAGAGCAUGAAAACUCAAUUGCUCUCAAAUGGGUUUUACCCAAUACGUCUGGAAAGCCUCAAUGGAGUUCAAUUCAGGAGCCUAUCUGGUUUAUGCUGUCAACUCACCAACGGAACCCUCCCAGCGCUGAAACCCAUUAAUUUCUCCACUGGUUCUCAUCUGAGCACCUCUCGAUUCAGUAGAAGAGUAAAGCCCAGAAAUUUCUCAGUUGGGUUUCACCUUAGAAACGCCUUACAAAGUGCUCGUCUAAUUGGAACCAGAAAUCACUCGAAUUGGUCUCAUCAGAAAGUCAUGGAGGGUAGUAGUGAAGCAGGAAACAAGAAAACCUUACCUUGGAUAGCAGCUUACAAUAAUAAGGGGGCGAAAAGGUUGGAAAAACUGCCGAAUGGGAAGACUAGUCGCUCUUCCUGGGAGGAAUCAGCAAAUACAUUCUUAAAGAAAAACGAGGGAGAGACUGUUACGGGGUAUGGAGAAGGUGAGAGCAGAAUGGUGGACAUGAUGGAAAGUCGUAGAAGUAGAAGUAGUCCUUUGGAAAUUGAUGAAAGUGUAGAAACAGAAGAAAAUGAUGCUGAGAUUGAUAACGAUCCGAGGUGGAAUAAGAUUAGAAGUAGGUACAGAAAAAUUACCGAUAUCGAAUCUGGGUCUGGGCUGGACAAUCCUGAUUUGCGAAGGUGGAAUAAACAGGAGAAUUGGGGUAGAAAGACGUGGAGGGAGGCUACAGAAUCAACUAUACCAAAGAUGGUCGGUGAAGCAGUUUACGGCGUCGGUCCAGUUUUAGCAGCCUUGUCGGCAGGAACAAGAGAGUUUUAUACUCUUUAUGUCCAAGAAGGUUUGGAUUUGAGUAGCAAUAAUAGGAAGAAGAAAGACAAGAAGGGGUUUGAGAAAGUUCUGAAAAUAGCUGAAAGAAUAGGAUUGACAAAAACACAAUCGUCAAAGCAUGACCUCAAUAUGAUUGUGGAUAAUCGUCCCCAUCAGGGUUUGGUAUUAGAUGCUUCACCAUUGGAGAUGGUAAGCAUACGGGAACUCGAUCCUGUUUCAAUGGAGGAAGAUAAGAUUCCUCUCUGGGUUGCUUUAGAUGAAAUUAUGGACCCUCAGAAUCUAGGGGCCAUCAUUCGUUCUGCAUAUUUCUUUGGAGCUGAAGGGGUGGUGUUGUGUGCGAAAAAUUCGGCUCCAUUGAGUGGUGUUGUGAGCAAAGCUAGUGCAGGUUCCCUUGAACUGAUGGAGAUGAGAUGUUGCAAGAAUAUGAUGCAGUUUUUGACAUCAUCUGCAGAGAAUGGAUGGAGGAUCCUAGGCGGUUCUGUUUCUUCAAAAGCUGUUCCUUUGGAUGAGGUUUUGCCUGGAGCACCGACUGUACUUGUGUUGGGCAGUGAAGGCACUGGGUUGAGGCCUUUAGUUGAGCGAUCUUGUACUCAGUUGAUAAGAAUUCCAGGAAACAUUCACACCGUCUCUGCAGGGAGAAUUCAAGCUGAGACUGAGAUGAUGGACCGUGGAUGCUCUGGUGAAGAAUUUCAAUCCUUCUUGGCUGUUGAAAGCUUGAAUGUUAGUGUUGCAGCUGGUGUGCUUCUUCAUCAUUUGGCUGGAAACAACAUCAACAACCAUAAUUCUCACUGAGGUGAUAGGCAAACCUAAGCACUUAGUGCAAAUGCAUCAAAUGAUUUUCCACAUGAUUAUUUGACUUCUUGCAUGGAUUUGUUACAGCCUAUAAUCAGUGUAGAAUUCUUGACUGAGCUCGGAGGUGUACUUGUUGUUGCUUUGAGUUAACCCAAUAGUUUGGACUCAUUCGACAACUCAUAAGGUUAUUGGUACCUAUCAGAUGGUAGCUUAUGUAUGAAAUUUCAUUUGAAAGAGAAGUGGGUUCUAGCUUA